AAAUAUUCACUGGUAGCUCUGACUACACUAGCAAGGGGGCUUUUAACUUGUUCCCCCGGGGUUGUUACCUGUUGCUUUGUCAUUAAGACCCUUGUCAUCAUUUUUUGCAGGUUCACAUAAACUGUUUACAAGUCAUGCCUCUGCAUGUCCCAUACCUAAGCUGAUAAAGCAUCUAUGCACUUUAAUCUCAAGUCUGUGCCACUCUGCUAGUACAGUGUUAGCUGUGCCUUGAACCUUGGAUGUAACGACCUACCAGCCAAAGUCUUGUUCCUGCCUUAGUAAUGUUUCAGAGGUUAAAUAACAUGCUCAUGGGAGAGAUUGAUAGCUUGUCCAGCCAAGAGCCAGAGUUCAGUGAGAAAGAAGACGACGAGUGGAUUCUAGUUGACUUUAUAGACACUUGCACUAAUUGUUCUGUGGAGGAAGCAGACAUUGUUGAAGAAUCAGCCACGGAUGGCUCACCCGUCUUCUCUUGUUUAUCGUCUCCCUUGGAACACUUGCCGGAGGCCAGCGAGUCUUGCUUCAUCCAGUUUGAGUCAUGUCCUAUGGAGGAGAGCUGGUUUAUUACCCCUCCCCCAUGUUUUACUGCAGGUGGAUUGACCACUAUCAAGGUGGAAACCAGUCCGAUGGAGAACCUCCUAAUAGAGCAUCCCAGCAUGUCUGUGUAUGCUGUCCAUAAUGCCUGUCACAGCCUUAAUGAGACUGGAUGUGGAGAUGAGGAGUUUCACAGCCCAGGUAGUCCCAGACUGGAGGCCCGAAAUGAAACAGGACAGCGUGUUCACUGCUAUGUCACGGCUCUUGCUACUCGUUCAACUUUUCUGGAAAAAAACAAGAGCUUUCGUCCUACCCACUGGAUAAAAGAACAUAAUGAAAGACACUGUCUCAAUAGAAACAGUCUCCGUCGCCAAAAUCUUACCAGGGAUUGCCACUCUCGGCAAAUCAAGCACAACGGACUGUUUGUUCACCAGCCUUGCCAGCGUCAGUUCAAUUACUGAUGGUUCUUGUGGUUUUAAUCUAUGGUCUAAUUGUUUUUUAGGUUGCUCUUGUUUUCAUGUGUAGGUAAGUGUAGUCAAUCUGAAGCUGAUUGUCAAUCCCUCAAACACAAUCAUAACUAGUGUUGCAUUGUUUUGAAAAGACACAUAAAUCUCCAAACGUCUUGCAGCGAGUUAUGAAUGUUGAUGUUAAAUAUCAAUGUCUUGGAAGCCUAUCAGUACGAUAGUUUGUGUGCUGUUUUAUAAACUAUGAUGUAUAGAUGGGUUCUUAGUAUUUUAAAGAAACUUAACUGAGAUGGAGAUCAGUUACAUUUUGCAUUAAUCAAAAUGGAGUUAGAAAAAUUGAGGUUAGCCGUAUGCUUUAAUGACCAGUACUUGACAGCUUGUGUAUCUGUCUGUAUUCAGCAUAUAUGAUUACUUUCUAACGAGGAAAUUCUAUAGCUGCCAGUGGAUAUUACAUAGCUGUGCUGAGCUGUUGCAAGAAGGACAUCUCAUCUAAAUUGCCUAGUACCUGCUUGUGUUAGUGGAGUCUGUGCAGGUGUGUUGGGUACUUGAUAUGGAUAUUGGAAGAGGGUUAAAUGUCCCCCCAAUAUUGUUGCAGUAUGAUAUGGCACCGGUGUUACAGAUGUAGUACCUCACAGUGGAGUGGAAAGAUAAGUGGACCUAUGGGUAAAGUGCAGAUGCACAACACAGAGAACUGAACUGGGUUUUACUUGGUACAGUUUGAGUUCUUACUCCUUUCUCUAACUAUUUCUGUCUUUGAUACAUGUAUUUCCCCUACCCUAUCUCAUUUAAUCUCUAGUCUAGUUAAAGAAAAAAGAUGGUGGCUUGACUGUUCUUUUAGUCCUAUCAGUAGCUGACUGCUGAUGGACAGCUAUUUCUGAGCUACAAGUUGCUGUUAGAUUGUCUUGAUAUUUACAGAUUGAGAGUAGCCCAAAAAUAGCUAGAAGGAGGCUUUCAUUAGAAGUUCUCCUAAUUUUCUCUCUUUCUCUCUAUGAAAUGAAGUCCAAGUUAAUGGGAACUUCAAAUGAAGGGCAGUGUGAGGCAGGGAGAAGCAGAUGCUGGAAAACAGUCUUAGAGAACUAAACACAGCGAUAACAGGGUGUGUAAAAAUUGAUCAGCAGUGGUGGUUCUCCUAGCCCAUUGGAGGCAGGACUGGGGCCAACAAGAAAGAAAAACCAUUCAAAACUAACAAGUAGUUUUCUUAAGAACACUGUGCAAGAUGUUUUGGAAGUUGGCAGGCACUGCUAACUACAACUACAGGUGAAGUAAAGUUCACCUGUAAACAAAAACUGUGUUCCACAGCAGCCAUACAGCAUGCUGAACCCUGAUAGAUCAAUCUGGGAAGUGGAUUAAAUGAGCGUGGAGGUGAGGAAGCAGAAAUCUGCACUGAAAGAAGGGGGGAAUGAUAAGUAAGUUUAUCCUCCUUUCUUUCAGUGCUUAAUGUGACUUACUGUGUUUUCUCUUGUGUUUAGUGCCUAGGGCAUUAAAGUGUUAACAUUACACUCAACUGUGUCUUCCAGUAGUCCUUAUACAGAAGUUGGUAUAAGGAGUCACGUGGGGAGUCUUUGGAAUCAGGUGAGGUCGAUAAUGUGAAUUAUUCCAGACCUAUGAAGUAUUUUAAAUUCAGCCAAAUGCUUCAAUUUCACUGAAGCAAAACCCCAACAAUUCAGAUUGACCUUGAUAUAGUGGUACUGUUGCACAUUCUGCAGCUGGAAUUGUAGUGGAACCUACUUGGCAUACAGGAAACAGCAUUUAUAACCUCUGUUUCACUGCAGAUGUGCUGCUUCACUGAAACUAGUUAGGAGUGUUGCAAAGGGAUGUUGAAAAAUAGUUAAAUGUAUAAAAGCAAGAGGUGCUUUCCUGGACACACUAGUCUUUUUUUUUUUUUUUUUUUUUUUUUUUUUUUUUACACAUUGAAUUCACAUGGACACUGAAAGAAAAUAAAAUUAGUCACAUCGUGAGUUUCCAAAACAGAAAUUUUGUUACUGUUCUUUUCAGCAGUAUGUGCCCAUGUCUAUACAACAAUUCUGUUCUGGUCCAAAUACUCUAGUUUAUUUGCAGAUAGCUGUAGUUUCACCAGUCUCUUACCUGUUCACAAGUACUCUUACUUGCCCUCAGAUUAUCUACCUUUAUCACUCCAGCUUUUUGUCUGGCUUAAACUUCUGUCUCCUCACUGCCAACUUUCUAGCUCAGGAAAAUUCUUUGCUUUCCUGUAUUACUUUUCUUUAUAUAAGGUAAAUACUUUCCUUCAGCUUUAAUUUUCUUAAAGUAAAAUGAAGGAAGAUGGAGUCUCCACCUCCCUAUGUUGGAAGGAGUAAGUAAUCCCUUAGCUCUUCACAGGGAGAUGGAGUUGAGGGCAUAAGGCUCCCAGGCAUUACAAUGAGAGCCUUGGUCUGUUCUUCUCAGUAGGCAAAUAAAUGCAACUUUAGACUGCUCCUAGAAUUGGGAGAUACUGAUCUUUUUAUACUACAUUACUAGAUGACUUUCUGGUGAUGAAAACCUAUAUCUUUCAGGAUAUAAACUAUUUUGUUGCACAAAGCUGUGCUUCUCAAUUUGUAAUAUUGGAAACCAUAUUAUUGUGUGAGAUAGUACUGCAUCAAUGGCUUUUUGUUAAUUUGUUUUACAUAUUUAUGUUGGUCUAGCCCUGUUUUGUGCCUGGAGCUAUUGGGCAAUUAGAUUUGUUUUGGUUUUCUGUUUUAAUAGUGAGCUGUGUGGCUUUUUAUAUGGUUUUUUAAGUUGUAUUAAAGUGUGGGUUUUUUUCUUGUAAAAGUGGAGGCCUUGCACUGUCUCAUACUGGUUGAUAUUCAUGAAUUUUGCUGAAAUUGUAUUUUCACACGUAUUGGUCAAUGGACAGAUUUGCAUUUUAAACUGUGCCUUCUACGCAGCAAACUUGAAGAUUCAAAAGGGACAUUUCAGUUAGGAUUAAUACUGUACAUCAGUCUAUGCAUAUAUGGCAGCUUCUCUCCAGAGCCACUUCUCUAUUUGUAGCAGUCCUUUUGAUAUGGAAGAAUGUCUGGCUCUUAUUUUUAAUAGUUUAACACAAGCUGAAAACAGACAAAAUAUAGCACUUUGCCAAAAAGUAGCAUUGCUUAACCAGUGUGUAUUUACUAAAGUGAUCUUCUGUAUUUUGUUUUCAUCGUGCAUCCUGUGCACCAUGGGGAAACAUGAUCUUAACUCUCAAUAAAAAAUGGCCUAUUAAAAA